UUUUGACCGAUGACAGGCUUGUCUGAUGCCUCCACACUUCCUCUCGUCACCAUACACCCAUUCACUCACUCACUCACUCACUCACUGACCGGUGCGCGAAGCCUUCCCAUCAGCGAGGCUCACUGAGGCGGGCAGACUCAUAGAAACGACAGGAAACACAUAUUCUCUUCCCUCCCUGCGUGGCUGUGCGGUGUGUGCGCUGUCAGAUCUGACGGUGACGGGCUGAAAUGAGAGAUUUCGCACAUGUGCGGGGCAGCAAGCGCCUGACGCCAAAACUCACACACUGAGCAGUGAGUCGGUAAGCUGAGAGGACAGGCGCACUGAUGACUGCAUCCCAUCUCGCUGUGUGGUUGCUUCCUUGGUGCAGGUGGUUGACCGUGUUCGUCACAUGGACAGUAGCCACGAGGCCCCGGCUCCCUCGAGAGGUGGGCGCCAAGAAGAGACCAACAGCAACAAACAGCAUAGGGAAGCGGUACGCACAAGUCCACACCCACACAGACACAGACAUACAAGCUCAUUGAUGUGUGUCGCUGGUCAGGUGUCUGCUGAUGACGGCGGCGCCAAGAAGCGUAGACGCGUAGACAUCAGCCAUGCUGCUUCUGGUGGUGGUGGUGGGCCUAGCGGAGGUACGCAAAGCAUCGGCUGCCGUUGUGGUACUGCACAUCGUCAUUACCCCGUCCUGUGCUGUGUGUUGUGGUGCCUUCAGGUGGCUCGAUUGCUGCGGCAGAGUCACAGCAGCAACAAGAGGGAGGUGCCACCUCCCUGUCGGCAGAUCUGACGACCCCCAUCCAGCACCCCCAGCAGCAGCAGCAGCAGCAUCCCGUGUGGUACGUCUGCGCCCACCGCGGCAACGAUUUCCUGCUCCGGGAUGUGCUGCAGCUGAGGAAGACCUGCUGCUGGGCCAGAGGCCUCUUCGGAGCGCCUCAGCUGCGACAGCGGCUCAACCAUGAACUCAGCACACAGGCGGGGCUGCGGCGGACGGCCAACGGACAGCAGCUGCUGACAUUUGACGAGCAGCAGAUGGGCGAGGGUGACCUGCUGGCGGCGCUGUGUGUGACGGAGGCGGGCGGCUGGAGUGAGAUGAGCGAGGCGGUCGAGCUGGCGGGGCAGUGCAGCAACUGCCAGCUGCCUGUGAGGCUCACUCCGGCCGAUCUGCACCAAUACCCAAACAAGACGGUAAGCCAACCGAGGGAGGGAGGGAGGGAGGGAGAGAGACGAAUGGCUCUCAAUCGGUGUGGGGUGUGGUGUGUUGAUGUGUUGUGUGUGCAGGCGUAUUUGGCCGCUCCCCGUGUGUUGGCUCAGCUCAAGAUGGUCGGCCCCCACAUCCACCUCGGCGACGGCGUGACCUUCCAGCUGUUCCAGCACGGCAACACACUGCGGGCCGUCAAGGACGAGGACGGCUUCGAGAUCGACAUCAACCCGCCCAUCCCUGCUUACCAUCUCUUUCAGCAGCACCGACAGCAGCACGACCCGCCAGUCCGCAGCAGGAUCUACUAUUCUCGGCCCACGAACUGGUUGCUGCUGAGUGCAUACGACUACGCAUCUGUGUCGUCGUGUGUCAAGAAGAUCGUCCUCGACACACACUUCGUGCAGACUCCUCAGAUCAACAGGUGAGGCGGGGCAUCGCUCUGUGAGGGCAUUGCCACGACACACGAGUGUGUGUAUGUGUGUGUGUCAGGCGUGUCGACAACGGCCGGCCGGACACCAUCACGACACAGUCCCCCCACACACCAGUGGCGGGCUGCACCACCACCGCAUCAUUCCGCUUCACUGACAGUCACUUGACUUGGCGUGAUCUCGUGCUCACCGACGCCGGCCACUCGUUCGUCGCACGGAUCGCCGUCACGGAUCUGCUGCACAACAACGGUCAGCCCAGCACAGCACAGCAAACCGUUGGGGGAGGAGGGUGGCAAAUCCAGGGAGGCACAUACUCUUAUGCGCUGUCCUCCCCUGUCGUCCAUUUGCAGUGCGUGUGCUCAUCUCCACGACCGAGUCGGCUGUGUCUGGUGUGGGUGGUGCCUUCAAGGACCGCUUCCCGGAGACCACUCGGCUGGCGCGUGUGGUGCUUGGGGCCAGCAUCGCGCAGAGGAUCUUCGAGCGAUAGACAGCUGGUGUAUGUCUGCAUCAAACACGACUGACACCAGCAGAAGAUGCCGACACGACGUACUCAAUGGUGUCGGUGUCUGAUAUCUUUCGGUGCGUGUCAGGCUGGGGGAUGGUGUGGUGUUGACAUUGGAGCGAUCUGCCCGACAUAUUCUCGCAAGUGUGGGUGGUAGAUAGUGGCGUGCUGUCUGCUGUGGUACUGGCUGAUGGAUGGGUGGGUGGGUGGGUGGUGGAAUGUGAGCUGUGGGACUAUCAACCUGUCUAUCGCUCGCUUCGCUUGAUGUGCAUCCUAUCCUGUGGCCGCCAGACGCAGCACAUGUUGG